AUGGAAGCAGUGGCAAAGGCGUACACGAGCGACUCAUUCAAGAGGGCGGAGCAGCAGCUGAUGGACUUCGUCGGCACGUACCUGGUGAAGCAACGGAGCGCGAACAGCGAGAGGAUGACCGCCGUGAGGCGCAAGGUGGCCGAGUGGAUCGAGAUCGAGUACGGCCAAGAGACGCCCGAGUUCUACGCCAGGUACAAGCGGGACGACAAGCCAUUCUUCGAGCGGCAGGCGGGCGCGUUCCUGCGCGGGGUCUUCUCCGACGACGAGAACGCGGUGCCAGCCGACGACACGGCCCGCCUGUGGCAGAUCGGGCGCGACAUGCGCGGCACCCCUUUCCGCGCCUGCGAGCCUCUCGGAGACUUCCUGGGGAAGGAGUGUGCCGGGCUCAGCGACUUCUGGACGCGCCUUGAGGGCAUCACCGACGUGGAAGCCACCCCCCUCAAUGCUCCUGCGGACACUGACGAGGUCUUCUUCCCCAACGUGUACUUCGUCCCCUACGGCAGCGUUGUGUGGUGCUACACACACCUCUACAGCGCGUUCGGUCACGCCGAAGCGCCGCGGCUGGACGCGGACCUGGUGGGGAAGGCAAAGGGGAAGCUGGAGGCCACGGGGGCGGGAAAGGACACGGUCGACUUCUUGCUGCGCGUGGUGCAGUACAAACAUAUCGUCGACCCGUUCUGCGGGGUGUGA